AAGAAAAUGGCUAUUAUUACAUCGUAUAUUAAAAUAUUUCAAGAAAAAUCUAUUAUUAACAUAAGUGUCAAUGAAAAUAUUAAGUUAAAUAAUAACAAUUAUAGUGAAAAUCAUAAAAAUACUGAAAUAAAUGAUUACAAUUAUUAUAAAAAUGGCGAUAAAAAUAUAAACAAAAAUGAUAAUAUUAAAAUAAAUAAUAAAAAUACCAUUAAUAUUACAUUAUAACAAGAACAGGACCUUCCACAGAGUUUCAUCACCCAACUAUAUAUAUAAAUAUAUUAAUAUAGAAUAUUUUUUUUUUCUUAGAACUUCAUUAGUAUUAAAAUUGCAAUUUAUUACAAUUUAAGAGAAAAUAUUUCGAAAAAGAAAAAAAUAAUUUUUCUACUAUAAUAUUUCUUGUUCUUGAAUUUCUAUACGUCACUUUGGAAACCAACAUACAUUACAGUUAGUUGAAAACAACUCAAUGGAUAACAUCGUAUUUUAUCAUGAAAUAUCAUAAUAAUAUAUAUAUCAACAUUAUAUGCAUAUAUGAAUGUGUUGUGCACUAUAAAUUGUAAAAGAAAAAAGAAAAUGAAACCAACGUUAACCAUCACUGGGCAAAUUACAAAAAACGAAAGAAUUCAAAUAAAUUGAAAAAUAAGGAAUUUUUGUAUUGCAUUACAUAUGUGCGUUUAAAUAUACACAAGAAGCAAUAAAAUAUAUAAAUAGAUACAUACAUAUUUAAGGAUUAUAAAAUCAAAACAACAAUUAGAAAAACAAAAUAAUGAAAUGAAAACGGAAUAUAGAGAGAAAAUAAGAAAGAGAAAGAAUUACAGUCCUUAACCUGAUUUUUGUAUUUCUCGCAAAUACCCUGUUCAGUUGUUAACAAAAGAAACACCGAGAUAAUUAAAAAUAAAACUAAAAAAAUAAAAACAAAAACACAAAAAGAGAACCAAGAAAUUUUACGGCAAAUAGAGUUACAUAUAUAUUUUGAACCUAUACAUGUAUGUUUGUGUUGCAUACACACAACUAAGUGCACAAUAUACAAAAUUAAGUAAAGUACCUAUGUGCUUGCAGUUGUAGUAGAAAUGCGAGAGCAAUAAUAUAAUAAAUAAAAAAAGUACAACAAUUACAUAUUGUAUAUUAAAAAAAAAAUUAAAAGGAGGAAAAUAAAAGGAUUUUCCACGUUGAAAUUUAAGUCCACAUCUUGAAAUAGAAAAGGAAAAACAAAAACUAUUUUAAACAAAACAAUUAAAUACACCACAAUACACCACAAUUUUGUACAGCAAAAUUAUUAUAUAAUAAAUAGCGUGAAAUUUCAUUAAAAAAUAUUAAAUAUAAAUAUAUAUAUAUAUACAAAUAAAAAUACAAGCACAUAGAAGAACAGAAAGAAUUUAAAUUCCUUCUGUAGAGGAAAAAUACAAAAAGAAAAAAAAAAUUAUAAAUUACAAUAUUUCACAUUUUUCGUUUUUUUUUUUUUUUUUUUGAAAUUCAUAUAAUGUUAAUAGUAAGAUUAUAUUCACCUCAUUUACUCGUUAGCAUAAUAUUUCUUUUACUAUGCAUCGAUGUUGGAGGUGGCAGUAGUGGUGGUAUAGGUUUAAAUUUAAAUAAUGGUGGUAAUGAUAAUAUUAAUAUAAAUAAUAAUAAUAAUAAUAAUAAUAAUGGUAAUAUAAAUAUAAAUGGUAAUACAUAUAGUAGUUCGGUUGCAUAUAUACCAUCAUCAUCAUCAUUAUCGUCUGGAUCAUUAUCAUCAUCAUCGUUACUAUCGUCAUCAUCAUCAACAUCAUCAUCUUCAUCAUCAGGAUUAAAUAGUAAUAGCAAUAAUAACAAUAAUAAUAAUAAAAAUAAUGAGCAAUUACCACCGACAUUAUCGUCACGUAUUGUACAUACAAAAUAUGGUGCAGUUUCGGGUGUUAUAGUUCAAUUAGAAGGACGUCAUUUAGAUCCAGUUGAAGCAUAUAAAGGUAUACCAUAUGCAUCACCACCAAUACGUAAAUUACGUUUUAUGCCACCGGUAACUGGUGCAAUAUGGUCUGGUGUUAAAAAAGCUGACAGAUUUGGACCAGUAUGUCCACAACGUCUUCCUGAUAUUGCUAAUGAGACUGCUGCACUAGCACGUAUGCCACGUGGAAGAUUAGAAUAUUUAAAACGUUUAAUGCCAUAUCUUCGAAAUCAAUCUGAAGAUUGUUUAUAUUUAAAUAUUUAUGCUCCAAUACAUGUUGGAUCUAGAGAUUCUUCUAGCAACUCUAAUUCAAAUAAUCAUGGUCAAUCAAAUAAAUUUCCAGUAUUGGUAUUUGUACAUGGUGAAUCAUAUGAAUGGAAUAGUGGUAAUCCUUAUGAUGGUUCUGUAUUAGCAAGUUAUGGUCAAAUAUUGGUUGUGACUGUUAAUUAUCGUUUAGGUAUAUUAGGAUUCCUUAAUGCAAAUUCUGGCAGAUAUACAUUACCUGCAAAUUAUGGUCUAAUGGAUAUCUUAGCAGCACUUCAUUGGUUAAAAGAAAAUAUUGCAGCAUUUGGUGGUGAUCCACAGAGUAUAACAUUAGUUGGUCAUGGUACAGGUGCUGCAUGUGUUCAUUUUUUAAUUGCAUCAAGUGCUGUACCAGAAGGAAUGCUGUUUAAUCGUGCCAUAUUAAUGUCCGGAUCUGGUUUAGCACCAUGGUCACUUGUUGAAAAUCCAGCAAAAUAUGCAGCAAUUGCUGCACAUCAUGUUAAUUGCUCACCAGAUUUACCAUUAGAACAUUUAAUGAAAUGUUUACGUGAAGUUUCCUUAGAACAAUUAUUAUCUGUUCCUAUUAGACAACCAGAAUUUGGAUAUGCAUUCGGUCCUAGUAUUGAUGGUAUUGUUAUUAAUGGUGGAGAAUUUUUAAAUGGUGGUGGUAAUUUAGAAAAUAGUAAUCAUGAAUAUGGUCAUCCUGGUCCAAGAAAUUCACAUAGACAUUAUAAUAAAAUAAAUUUUAUAAAUUCAGUAUUUUUAAAGAAGAGUGCAAUAAAUAAAUUAGCAAGAUACGAUCUAAUGGCUGGAGUUACAAGAGCAGAAGCUUUCUUUUCAUUUAAUUCUGAAGAUGUUCAAUAUGGUAUUGAAGCAGAUAGAAGAUCAAAAAUUUUAAAAGCUUAUGUUAAAAAUACUUAUUCAUAUCACCUGAAUGAAAUUUUUGCAACAAUUGUUAAUGAAUAUACUGAUUGGGAACGUCCUGUUCAACAUCCGAUAAAUAUAAGAGAUGAAACACUUGAGGCUUUAAGUGAUGCACAAAUUGUUGCACCAUCAGCUCAUACUGUUGAAUUACAUUCAGCAGAACAUAGAAGAUCAUAUAUGUAUGUUUUUGAUUAUCAAACAAAAUUCGGUGAUUUUCCUCAGAGACAAGGAUGUAUUCACGGUGAGGAGUUACCAUACCUUUUUGGUGCGCCAUUAGUCGGUGGAUUUAGUCAUUUUACACGAAAUUAUACAAAGUCUGAAGUUAGUUUGUCAGAAAUUGUUAUGCUAUACUUUUCUAACUUUGUUCGAUCUGGAAAUCCAAAUGAACAAAUAACUGAUGGUGAAUUGAAUACGAGACAUGAAAGAAGUCGCUAUAAAACAAUUGAAUGGACUCCAUAUGAAUCUGUUCAUAAAAAAUAUUUAAAUUUUGAUACAAAACCAAAAUUAAAAAAUCAUUACCGCGCCCAUCGAUUAUCAUUUUGGUUAAAUUUAAUACCAGAACUUCAUAAACCGGGUGGUGACAAUGUACCUCCAUCACAUCAUCAACUAGAGGAUGAAGUUAUUGAUAAUGAAACUACUGAUAAUGAUCCAGAAUCAAUUAAUAAAUUAAAUCCAUCGAUUAAAGGCACUGGUAUUGGAGCAUCAUUAGGAAAUGGUGGAAUUGGUAGUGGAGGUAAUCGUCCAAUAUCAAAUUACACGAUAUUCACGACUCAAGUAUUUUCAUUAUUUAAUUUAUCAUCACCAUCAUCAGCCCUAAACCGUAAUAAUAUUUCACGUUAUAAUAGUAAUCAAAAUAAAAUUAAUCAAGAUUUAAAUACAGCUGAUCAACAAACUGGUAAUAGCAACACAAAUAAUGGUGGCAAUAAUAAUUCAUCACAAGAGGAUGGUUUUGCUGCUUAUAGUACUGCAUUAAGUGUUACAAUCGCCAUCGGUUGUAGUUUAUUAAUAUUAAAUGUAUUAAUAUUUGCUGGUGUUUAUUAUCAAAGAGAUAAAUCAAGAUUACAUGAAUCAAGAAAUGGUCAUCAUGGUCAUCAUCAUUCACAACAUAAUACACAACAGAAAAAACAACGUAAUGAAAAUGGUCAAAUGCCAAAUAAUAUAUGUGGUGAUUUAGAAACAUUAACAAUACAUUCAAAAGGUGAUCCAGCAGCAAUAUUAGGUCAUCAUCAUUCAUUACAACAUCAUCAGAUGCCACCACCAGAAUUUGCUGAUUUACCACAACGAGCACCACCACCACCAAAACAUUUAAAAUCUGUACCAGAAGGUAGUAUAUUACCACCACAUGCAUUAAAAAUGAUUGGUAAUCCAUGUAAUACAUUAACAAAAAAAAGUUGUAUGAAACAAACAUCAAAUAAUAAUAGCAAUUGUAAUCAAACAACAGUUAUGAGUAAUGUUGUUCAAACACCAGGUGGUGGUAAUACAGUUAAUGUUGGUAUUGUUGGCUGUGGUGGUAAUCAACAAACAAUGAUGGAUGAAUUAAGAGUGUGACAUUAAGUAAAAGUUGUACAAUUUGAUUUUUAAAUAAAUUAAAAAUAUAUAUAUUAUAAAAAAAAAAAAAAUUAUAUUAAUAAAUAAAAAUUAAUUAAAUUUAAAUAAAACUAAUAAAGAAAAUUUUAGUUAUAUAGGUGAAAUUAUAAAAUGAAAUUUAAAUUUAUUAUAGAAAUUAGUUUAAAAAAAAAAUGGAAAACAAAAAGUGAAUAAAAUAUAAAAAAAAAAACUUUUUUACACUUAGUUUAUAAAUGUGAUCAUCAAUAAGUAAUAAAGA